CAAAGACGUUUUCCUAAUGAUACUUACCUAUAAAUACCACACGAUUCAUAACUCUAGCAUCAGUUGAAUUAUUCUACACAGAUAACUGAACAUCUAGAAUCACCAUGUUGUCUCUCUGUUGUCUUCUUGUUAUGGUUGCUUCAGUUUUUGCUGCACCAGAAACACAGAUCGUCGGAGGAUCUGAAGCACAAAACUGCGAGUUUCCUUCCAUUGUCCACCUCCAAAUAUUUAACCAACCCACAGAUAACAUGAUUAGCUUAUGUGGAGGUACUUUGAUUGAUUCUACACACGUAUUGACAGCAGCCCACUGCCUCGAAGGAAAUGUCAGAAGGGUUAAAGUAAACAUCGGUUCCAACAACAAAUGGAGUCCUGGUUCUCAGUCAACAACUGCAAGUAGAAUUGUGAAACAUGGUGGAUACGUACAUACUCCAUACCUGAUACAGAACGACAUUGCCAUACUGACAUUGAGCGAGCCAGUCCGUGAAGGUAGAUGUGUCCAGUUUGCACAAUUGGCCAGUAAAGGAGAAACAUUUGGUACCCGAAGAUGUAUCGCUGCUGGAUGGGGAGAUUUCCAAUUUAAAGGAAACAGUCCUGACGAAUUAUACAAAGUGGCUCUUCCAGCUAUUCCCCAUGAUGUAUGUACAAGAAGGUCAAGGAUGCGAAUUGCUGAUGGAGUUCUCUGUGCCGGAGAUUUCAGACAAGGUGGAGCAUCUACUUGCCAGGGUGACUCUGGUGGUCCACUUUAUUGUCCAAGCUCAAAUGGUCAAAUGGUUUUGGCAGGAGUAACAUCCUUUGGAAAUAAAUGUGAUAAUGAAGUCAGUGCUUUCAGCGAUGUCGGAUAUUUCCGAGACUGGAUCAAUAGUAACCUGUAAAAAGUACUUUAAUGAAAAUUUCUGUUUAUAAAGGAAUGUCGCUAAAAUAUUAUUCACAAUGAAUUAACAAAUUAAUAAAUAUAUAAAAUAAUUUAUC